GUUCGGGAUCGCUGGGAUCAGUCUUUGGGACGCUCGUUGCCCGUAAAGAUCGCGGCGAAGAAGUAAACGAAAAUUGAAAUCAGAAAACCGAAACUACUUUUCGUGCGAGAUAAUAUUCGAAUAGCGACAAAGCCCAAAUCGGAGCUCCUCAAUCGCCGCAGACGUCAGUCGUCGUGCGAACCUUGUUGCGAUCGGACCUGUCACCUCGGAGAACUAACCAUCGUCGUCGUCAUGCUGCUGCUCCCUAAUCUUAUCGCCGGCCUCACUGUGGGCCUGUGCGUCUGCCUCUGCCUUGGACCGAGUCUGGUAGAAUCGCGCACGCGUCCCAAGAAUCUGGUGGAUAAGAAAUUGGUCACAAUCUAUGGCAGCACACCGCAUGUGGAGGCUUUGCUCGGACCCGGACGUCCCACUCCGGACACCUACAAGACGUUGAGGAGCGCCUUUUUCCGGUACGAGGAGUCACGCUCUUUGGGCCAUGACCUGGAGCUGACCCCGCGGGAAAUCAAGGCCAAUGAGACGAUCAUGAAGGCUAAGAUCUAUGAGUACGAGGAGGGUCUGAUCACCCCACAUCUCUUCAAUCCCUCUCAGCACAUCUUCGAUGUCUUGGAGGGCAUUCAGAAGACCGAUCUGUUCCAGCUGCUGAGGAAGAUGCCCAAGGGAGCUGUGCUCCAUGCUCAUGACACGGCUCUGUGCAGCACCAAGGCCAUUAUUAAGCUGACCUACAAGGAUAAUCUCUAUGCCUGCCAGCAGAAUGGAGAUUUGGGCAUUUCGGCUCUCAGGUUUGCCAAAGAGGCGCCAGAGGCUAAUCAGGACUGCCAGUGGAGUUUGCUUGCGGACUUGCGAACGAAGUACACAGCCGAGAAGGUCGAUGAGUAUCUGGAGGAGCGUCUUACCCUGUAUCCCACCAAGAAGUUUGAGGACAACAACGCUGCCUGGUCUACCUUUAUGACCAUCUUUGAACUACUCGAUGGGCUGGUGAUGUACGCCCCCGUUUGGGCGGAUUACUACUACAGCGCCUUGGAGGAGUUCUAUGAGGAUGGAGUCUUGUAUCUGGAGUUCCGUUCUCUGGUGCCAACGCUCUACGACAUUGAUGGCACUGAAUACACUCCCAUGGACACCGUUCGCAUUUAUGUGGAGACCUUGGAGAAGUUCAAGGAGGCUCAUCCCGAUUUCAUUGGCUCCCGGAUGAUCUAUGCUCCACUUCGCAAUACAAACUCCCAGGGAAUGACUUCGUAUAUUGAAACCCUGAAGGAAAUCCAGGGCAAAUACCCCGACUUUGUGGCCGGCUUCGAUUUGGUGGGCCAGGAAGAGCUGGGUCGUCCCCUAAAAGAUUACAUUGACGAGCUGCUGGAGGUGCCAGAGGACAUUGAUUUCUAUUUCCAUGCCGGCGAGACCAACUGGUUUGGUUCCAGCGUCGAUGAGAACCUGAUCGAUGCCAUUUUGCUGGGAACCAAGAGAAUUGGCCAUGGCUUUGGUCUGGUCAAGCAUCCGGUGGUGCUGGACAUGCUGAAGAAGCUGAAUGUGGCCAUUGAGGUCAACCCAAUCUCGAAUCAGGUGCUCCAGCUGGUCACGGACUUCCGGAACCAUCCCUGCUCCCACUACUUUGCCGAUGGUUAUCCAGUGGUGAUCUCUUCGGAUGAUCCAUCCUUCUGGAAGGCCACACCCUUGAGCCAUGACUUUUACAUUGCCUUCCUGGGCAUUGCCUCGCAGCACUCGGACUUGAGGCUUCUCAAGAAGUUGGCCCUCAACUCGAUACAGUACAGUUCCCUGACGGGAGAUGAUCAGUUCGAGGCUUUGGAGAAGUGGCAGGUGAAGUGGGAUCAGUUCAUUGCCGAUGUCAACGAGGAGGCCUCCAAUGGGGUGGCCUCAUUGCAGCAGAUCGAUUGACUAGCACGGGUGGCGGCGGCGCUCCUGGUCGUGAUCUCUGUCCUCAGGCGCUAGUCGGUCCUCCCUUUCACCUCCUCAAACUGCAUUCUCAUCAUUAGCCCCGAAGCCAUGUCCAUGCCCACAUCCAGUAUCUAUCCAAUAUUGUAUCGCCCCCCAGAUAUCGUUGUAAGCUAAUUGUUAUGGAUUAGUCUUUAGUUAGACCUAAGACCCCAACCAACCCGAUGAGAUUCUGACUGUGUCGCGGCCUCAAACUGGUUAAAGGAUAAAGUCGAAAGGCUCUCCUGCCUAACGAAAGCAAUAAAGAACCCGUUUUGGUCGUAGCCAAAAA